UUAAAUUCCCGCGCUAAGACGGCGCGCGCAUAGAAUUGCAUAUCGACCGAUCGAAUCGCGGAUCAUAUGUCCGUUAAUGUAACGCCGUACAAUGUUGCUGCUGCUAUUGGUCAGAAUCGAUUCGUGAUCGAACGCAUAUUCGACACACGUUACUCUACCGUGAACGACAAAGCACAGGAUGGACGUACAGAGGAUUCACCAUUGCCGAACGAAUGUAAAGGUUCUAACGAACAUUUCGUUCGAUCACACGUUCGUUCACGGGCGACGACUUUUUGCAUUUUUGCAAUGCCGCACCAGGGACCUCGAACAGGGACCUCCGUUGUAUCGAUACGUGUGCUCCUUCGAGGCGGGGCUAUCGGAAUUUUGAGUCGAUUCGAAAGUUUCGAAUCGAGUUGUUCGCUUGGGCGAUUAAAGCGUCAAGAAAGCAUGAAAGAAUGUGGAUGUCCAUACGUUUCUUGGAAUUUAUCGGAUGGUCCAUUAAAAUGGCUGACGAAUUUGGUUACGAAUUUAGUUACGAAUUUGAGAAAAGUAAUUAUUCCUCAUUUAUUGGAAAUGCUCAUCUUGGAAAAAUAGCUAUGAGAAUAAUUUCGCGUAACUAUUUAUAUCUCUGGUCGAUAUUAUGAUGUCUUCUGUUGCUUAUAUAGGCAUGAAAUUUUAUUAGAAACCUCACGAGGUUAGAUUACUUUGAGGAUCAUUAUCGAGGUGAUUUGGGGUUAUGCGAAGAAUUCAUCGAAUACAUACAUGUUGCAGCACCGAGGCGAAGAGAACAACUGGUUAAUAUAUCGAAUCGUUUCCGCAUUUUAUC